CAGCGAGUCAGCCACCUCGGUAGCCAACAGCCGAAACAUUUAGACUGUUUCUGUGCAUAUUUGCCUCUGUUUUUUAAAUAUACUUCUGACAUCUAGUUAAUUGCCCCCAUUUAAAUGUUAUAGGUACAUUGUUAGUCAACUAGCUGGCUUGAUAAAUUAGCCUAGCACUAAACUAGUCGCUCAUGCUAACUAGCUAGCUAGCUAACAUCCCCGAACAUGAGCUCCCUAAACUACUCCCCUCCUGUUAAAGAAGAGGAGGUCUGCUGGACGGAGAAAGAAGCUCUGGGGCUGCACAUUGUCGUGAAAGAGGAGAAGGAAGAGGAGGAUGUCACAGUAAAACAAGAAGUAGAGGGUGAGGCUGUUACCGUGAAAGAAGAGGAAGAGGUGAAAGAGGAGGAUGUAGUUUUUGAAGUGAAGGAGGGGAAACAGGGAGAGAGAACUGUCAUAUUGACAGAGGAGUCAGGAGAUCUGAUUACCACCAGAGAGGGACCAGACUCUCACUCUGACAGCGGGGAGACUCCUUCAGGGGAACCAGACCCAGAGACGCCCAAACCAGCGAGACAACACCACUGUUCCCAGUGUGGAAAGAGUUUUAAGUGGUUAAGGAACCUGAAAGUACAUGAGAGAACGCAUACAGGAGAAAACCCUUACGAAUGCUCCCACUGUGGAAAGAGUUUUACCAAGUUAGGGAACCUAAAAGAGCAUGAGAGGACACACACAAGAGAAAAGAGUUUCCAAUGUUCCCAGUGUGGAAAGAGGUUUACCCAGUUACGGUACCUGAAACAACAUGAAGAAAUACACACAGAAGAUAGGAAGACCUACCACUGCUCUCAGUGUGGAAAGAUAUUUACUGGGUUAGGGGAACCUGAAAAUACAUAUGAGAAGACACUCUGGAGAGAAGCCGUACCACUGUUCCCACUGUGUUGUCUGACCGAGUAA